AUGGAUCCCGAGUGCACGUUUCGCCCCAAGACCACGCCGUACAAAGGCUCCAAGGCGCGUCUCUCGACGGCUUGGCCAUUCCUAAUAGCCGCCGAGUACGCCAAGCGCGAGAAGCUCAAGAUGGAGCAGGAGCUCGCAUCGUUGAGCUCGUGCACGUUUACGCCAAACGCCCACGCGCAACGAACGCCCGAAAAACCCGUGGAAGAGAAAUUGGCGUUCGUCCAGCAGCAAAUGAGCCCCAAUCCAAAGCGCGUCAAGGUCGACGACGUCACUGAGAGACUGUACGGGGACGGCCUCUUGCGCUACGAGCUCCGCGCCAAGGUCAAGCGCGCACUCGAAGACCGCAGCGUCCGCGCGACGUGCACGUUUACGCCGAAAAUCAACGCCGUGACGCGCGCCAUGGUCGACCAUACGCAGUACAAACCGAUCCAGGACCGGGUUCCCGAGAUCCAGCGCCGCAAGAAGGAGGUGCUUCGGCAGCUUGCGACGUCGGUCGAGGACAAGCUCACAUUUGUUCCGGAAAUCAACGAAAAGAGUCGCCAGCUCACGCAGCAGCUCGGGCAUUUGAGCGUCACGGACCGAUUGGUGCAAGACGCCGAAGACAAUAUUGAGAAGCGUCAGAUUGUGGAAGAGCUGUACACGACCGCGCAAGGUCUGUCGUUUGCGCCGCAGGUCAACGAGCGAAGCCACUCGAUUGUCGAUCAAAAGCCAGAGUUCAAACUCGACUUUGUGACGCGUCAGCGCGUGCUCCAAGACCGACGCGACGACAAGCUCGAGCACCAAAUGCUACUGGAAGAAAAAGUGAACGCGAUCGAAAAGCCAUUCCAGCCGUGCAUCGGCAACGCCGAGAAGGUCCUGAAGCACACCCGACCCAAGCGACUGACUGAGAGCACGCCCCAGCAGCUCUAUCGCAUGACGUACGCGGAGCCGCGCAAGAAGGCCGAGCAAAAGAAGCGACUCGAAGAAGCCUACUACAACAAAUUCUCGUUCCAGCCCACGCUUAACCACGUAUCCAAAGCCUUGGGGCGCGCGACCCCAAUCCAAAAGCUCGCCAAGAGUGACGCAACCAAGCCGAUUCGGUCGCGGGUCAUCAAGGAAAUGGAGCAGCGCACGCAAGCCGAGUGCCGGUUCCGGCCGGCGCUCACGCCGUUGGAAGGCGACGCCGAUCGCGCGACCGUGUGGAACCCAGCGCACUGCACUAUCGUAGACUGUGAUUCAAACAUCGAGCGCGCCCGCGAACGCCGGCGCCAGUCGCUCGAAGACAAGCGCCACCUCCUCGAAUUCGAGGAGCUCCAGCGAUGUACAUUUCAGCCCAAUAUCAAUCGCAAGCCCAUCUCGGCAAGUGAGGCGGCGGCGCGGCCUGUGGUUGUCCGCGGUCUCAGUCGCUUCUUGGAGCUCAAGCAGCGCGCCAAGCGCCAAGAAGAAGAGCUUCGGGAGCGCGAAGCCAAGGUGUUUGGCACGUCGUAUACCCCCCGGGCGUACACCAUCCCGGAGCCGUUCAAACUCUCGUACCAAGAUCGCCAGCGGGAUGGAAAGCGAGGUCGCCUGGAAGCCGAGCUUCGGCAAAAGGAGAUGAAAGAAUGCACGUUCGCGCCGUCCACCAUGGAGGUCAAGAACCGCAAGCUCAUUCAGAGCCUUCUUCGCGACGACAACGGCGUGCAAUAG